GGGCCAGGCAGAGGCGGCGUGUGGCCGGCGGCGGCGGGUCUGCGGCGAUGCGAGCGGGCUGCGCUCGGCUCUGCUCCCCGCCAAGCCGCCCCGGCCGAGCAUGGGCUGCAUCGGCUCCAAAGGCACCCUCGUGGCUGUGGACACGACUUUGCAUGUGGAGUGGAAUGAGGUGAAGGCCCUGCCUGCCCUCUCACCCUUGGGGAGCACCAGGACGUCGCUGGUCCACAGGCUGGUUCGGCAGAGCUCGGUGGACAGCCAGGACUCUCUCGAGGUAAAUGUUGAAGACACUGUCGAAAUGUUACCCAAGUCCCGGCGAGCGCUCACAAUCCAGGAGAUCGCUGCCCUCGCCCGGUCCUCCCUGCACGGUAUCUCACAGGUGGUGAAGGACCAUGUCACCAAGCCCACAGCCAUGGCGCAGGGCAGGGUGGCGCACCUCAUCGAGUGGAAAGGCUGGUGCAAGCCCACGGACUCCCCGGUGGCUCUGGAGAGCGCCUUCAACUCCUACUCGGACCUGAGCGAAGGGGAGCAGGAGGCCAGAUUUGCAGCAGGUGUGGCCGAGCAGUUUGCCAUUGCCGAAGCCAAGCUGAAAGCCUGGUCUUCCAUGGACGGGGAAGACUCCAACGACGAAUCCUACGACGAGGACUUCGGGACAAACACCAACAGCACCCAGCCAGCUGAUGCUGCAGGCCACCUGCCGCCCGGCUCCUUCCUGAAGGAUCUCCUCCGCAGCCACCCGUGCCAGCUCAGCGUCCGGCAGGGCUCCUGCGAGCCCGAGAGCGACUCCUCCCAGACCAUCUCCCCGGAGACCUUGUGCUCCAGUCUCUGCAGCCUGGAGGACAGCCUGCUGCUCAAGGAGCUGGGCUCGCCGGGCGAACUGGCCGCCAAACUGCUGGGCUCCAUGGCCGGAGGGGAGGAGAUGCUUCUCUCCAAGCUGCCCCCUCAGACUGGAGAAAGUGCCUUCCAGAGCCUAGGACAGCUGGAGUGCCAGGACUCCCUGUACUCCAUGUCCUGCACGGAGUCCUGCCUCUCGCCCACGGGAGACGACAGCCUGUCCUGCAAGGACGACCACACGGCAUGCCCACUGCACGGGGACAGCUGCGGGGUUCGGAGGAAAGUCUCCGACGUGGCCUCUUCGGGGGUGGUGUCACUGGAUGAGGAGGAGGAGGCUGAAGAGCAGUGAACUGGUCUUGGUCUGUGGCAUGCUUCACCUGCCAUUUCUGUCCCACUCCGUGACACCCCCGCCCCCCUCCGGGCCCCGUUCCCUGUUCUUCUUGUGGGCGAGUCCUGUUUGGGGUUGGCGUGAGCCUUAGCCGGGCAGAGGAGGAUGGUGGAAGGAAAAUCCAGCCCCCCCACUGGCGGAGACUGGUGAAGCCUGAGGCCUCGCGGCCGGCCACCGGAUGGAUUUGCUUGCUGCGUCUCUCUCUCUCUCCCCCCUCGUCUGUUUUUUUGCAUGAGAGUGUUUUGGGGAUAACCAAAAGCCCUGAAUUGGAGCCAACUGGACGUGACGCCAUCUGAGACGGUUCUGAGCAUGUUCUGCACCCCACCUCCGAACCCCUAGGGAGGCGCCUUUCGCUGUCGGGGGGCCUGGCUAGUGCUGUUAAAGCAACACGUGUACGUUCCUAACGAAGAGUAAACCCCCUGCUCCGGCCCCCCAAGCCCCGGCUCAGAGCACUGUGUUGGGCUGCUCUGCACUUGACUUGGGAGGCCGUUUUUCAACCCUUUGGCACAAACCAGCUCUUUGCUUUUAUUGUACUGGGUUUUAUAUCGUGAAUCGACUCAAGGAGACGGCCGAGGGCAGAGCAGGUUUGUCGGGACGGAGCUGGACAGGAAUCGCCAUCUCUGCCGGGACAAGGGGGCACGGUCUGAGUUGGUGGGAGCGCGAGAGCAGAUCUUUUUCUAUAUUUUUGUAUGUUGUCUCUGUGUGGCCCUGGCCGGGAAUGUUGGGGGACGCUCCAGGGUGACAUGGUGCAGGGAUUGGUACCACCCCAGGCUUGGCAAUUAAGUAUUAACUUCCCCAUUGGACAUCUUGGCCUCCGGAGAGCUGCCGUCUUGGGCUGGGCAGUGGGUAGAGCUCACGUUCCCCUUGCUGGAGUAAUUUCGAAUGAUCCCAGGGAUACUUUCUGCAUGCACAGACACGGGCAUGCACCUGUGGUCCCACGUGUGUGCACACAAAUGCACACAGACCCCCCCCACGUGCGCAUGCACAUGCCCCCCACCCCCACUGUUCAUGAGGGUGCUCAGCAUUUUACAACCCCCAUUCCUGCCUUGGAGAGCUGACCCUCUGCUCCGAGCCCCAGUGAAGCUUGGGCUGGGGUGAGAUCCAGCCCUGCCCCCAGGUCUGAGUUGGGGGCUGGAUCCAAAUGGGCUGUUUUCUGGUUCGGCCAUGGCCGUGGGAUUUCAUGCAAAGCCUCGCCCCCAGCUUGGGAUCAAACCUAGCCCCUAAUGCCCGCCCCAAAUCCAGCCCUGGAGCUGACUGCCAGCCCUUGGGUCUGCCGGGGGCGCACACGCAGAUCUGAGCGCACACAACAAUGCCAAGCGCCUGCCACAGGCCAGUGGGAAACAAAACCCAAGUCCCAGCUGUGGUGAGUGCCACAGGUUCCUGUCCCUCUAGCUGAGGUGGGAGCCCCCUCCCCUCCGGCAGGGGGGCUGUGGCUGGCUCCUGGCAGCUGCCGCUUUCGGCCUUACGGUUCAGGAAUGCUGAGCCUGGCACCCAGUGGAAAUGCAGGGGCCCGGCGGGAUCUCAGCCUCGCCCUGCAGGUUCUCCCUUGCUGUCGUGGCUGUGACGGCCCCAUAGCAUUUGCCGCCCCAUGUCAGGCUGUAGCUCCAACGAGUCGGCAGGCACCAGCCCCUGAUGUUUGAGAGGCGCGGGGGGGCUGGGCUGGGUGCGUGGACUAUGACUCACGUCUGUGCUCCUUCACUCAGGCGCUAAAUGGUGCCACGUGUGACCCUGGGAGAUCUUGGGCAUCGGAGCCCCUGCACUGUGCGUGUGCCCACAGCCUGGGGAGACAGCCGGGCGAGGUGGGGGGGGGGAGAACGUGGCAGCCACCCCCAAACUGGGCUUGUUCAUGGUUAAGGGAUCCUGCAGCUUUAAGGGUCCUGCUUGGCUGCUAGCUGGUGCUCACAGGUAGGGCCCUGAUGGGGAGCUGGCUAGGAAGGGACGGCAGCGCCCCUGGGCCUGUGUGGGUGCCCAAGGGGAAGGGGGGGGCUGGACCAUGCCUUGCAGGGGCAGCACCCAGGCACUGCCAGCUGGAGCAAGACUGGCUGGGUGCUGAUGGGGCUGCUCGCCCUGCAUUGCUCCCAGCAGUGAUUCCCAGGGACAGGGCAGGGCCCCAAGCAAGGGGACUACCUUGGGCAGCGAGAGCUGCAGCUUCUGCCCCUUCUGCUCUAGCCAACCCCCGGGCCAUAGGGAGCCCUAGCACCCAUGGCCAGCCUGGGCGGGCCCAGGCCCUGGUGUGCUUGGCCUGGCCACUCUUCCCACCCCCCAUGCUAUGGCCUCCCCCAUGCACCCAAUGGCUUGUGUCCAUCCCCCCUCACUAUAAGCUAUGACUUGUCCCAUCCCUCCCCCCCCACUGGCUCGUUCCACCCUCCUACAGGUACACAAUGGUCUGUCAUUCCCUCCCACCAUGGCCUUCCCCAUGCAUCCAAUGGCUUGUGUCCCCCCCAAGCUAUGACUUGUCCCAUCCCCCCUGCCUGUUCCACCCACCCACCCACACAGACACAGUGGCCUGUCAUUUCCCCCUCCCGCCCCCCCACUCUAUGGCCUUCCCCAAUGGCUUGUGUCCCCCCUGCCCCCACACACAAUGGCCUGUCCCCUGUCCCCGCUUCACAGUGGCUUGUUUCCACCUCUCACACACAAAAUUGCCUGCCCCCCCCCACUGUAGCCUGUUCCCUCCCUAGCCCCACCACUGACCUGUCCAGUUCCCCCCGACACACACUCUAUGGGCGGUUUCCCUCUCCCGCCCCCGGCACACACAAUGGCUUGUCUCCCCCCCAGUGCCGGAUUGCACCCUGGCCAGUUCCACUGUCAGCUACGUUAUGUUUACCAAUGCAAUUCAUUAAAGCAACGGGUGGGCCGUGAGCGUUGCUGCCUGGCUGCCGUGGGACCCUCUCCUCCCCAGUCCCCGAUCUCCCCCGACACUUCACACUGCCCGGCAGUCCCCAAAUGUGCCAAACACUCCUCCUGCAGGAGCCAGUGCGGGACCUGGGUGCAGGGAGCCCCUAGGGUAUGAGGCAGCCUGGGGCCCCUGUGCUGCCCCCCAGGUCCCCAGAGCUCCCAGCAGGGCCUGCCCCCUCCUGCUUUAUUGAAAUUCAACCAGCUGAUCAAGUGCCUAAACUAGGGUUCAGGCCCGGCUUGUGGAGCUCCUGAGGAACUGACUCUGGGCAAGGGGAGGUUGCAUCUGACCCCGGGGCUCGGCCCGCUCCCCAACCUGGCUCUCGAGCAGCCAGUCCGUGCCUGCACCUUGGCAGAGCGUCUGCCUGCCUCAGAGAUGCCUGCUGGAUGCUGAGUAGCACCGGGCAUUGCCCGGGACUGCCCCAGUCUCUGGCCAGUGCGUCUGCUCAUGGCCCGGGAUGGGGAGUGAAUGGGGGUCAAGCUGUCACCGUCUCCCUGCAGAGAACCGGGGAUGUGGGAGGGUGUUAGCAAGCUCUUGGGCCAGAGAGUCAGUGUCCGGGGUCCAGGGAUGGAUCCCAGGGCACUGGGACACGUUGUGCUGGGAAGCUGCCUGACCCAGGGAGGCGGGGGGUGCCAUUGUCCCGUCUAGGCCAUGGGCCUGAGGAGGAAACGUGCCCCUGAUUGGAGGGCUGAUGCUGCUCCCCGAAGGCAGCAGUGACUUUCCAGCCGGGUGACAUAAGGCCAAACCUGCUUCCGCCAGCGGGCACGUGCCUUGCUCACAGCCCAGGGGCAGGCAACGGGGCCUGAGGGCUUGGGGACGGUGUCCCAGAAUGGCUGGCACAGGCUUAGCGCUUGCAGUGACCUUGUAGCAGACAGCAAGGGGACAUGGAAUCAGGUUUUCUCCACUGUGCCUGGUGGUUUGUUAUCGUAGGGUCGCACGAGUGCUGUGGGCUGUGCAUGCUGCUGUAUUAUUACAGGGUUGCUUGAGAGCACUGGACCACGCAUGCUGUUUUGUUAUUGUAGGGUUGCUGACAAGUGCUGGGCUGAGCAUGCUGGCUUGUUAUUGUAGGGUUGCUUGCACAAGGUCUGAGUCAAAGCCCUUUGAAGACAUUGGAAAGCCUCCCCUGGCUCCCCCAGGCUGUGGAUUGGGCCCAGAGGCGAGCACGAGCGAGCUCUGUGCCUUCUCUGGAUUGCUCGCCUGCGAGCCCCGGACCCUGCACCCCUGACGGGCUGGGCUGGAAGCUUCUCCCCAGGCCCUGGUGCCUGAGCCAGCCUGAGUGGGUGGCACGGUGGGCUACUAGAUCUAAAUGCUCGGGGGGGAGGUGGUUCUCGCUGGGCAGGGGGAGCAACUGGCUCUUUUAACUCGGCCAGGGAACCCCAGGAUUUGGGGGAGGAAGGGGAAGCUGACCUGCUCCUCCCCAACCCUCUGCCACGGACCCCUUCAAUCUUCCCUCCCAUUCAGGCUAAGGUCUAUAUGGGCCCUGGGCAGCAGUCUCUCCUGGGGCACUCCCCACCCCACGUUUCCCCACAUAGCCCAGGCCCCACUGUGCCCCACCCCGGCAGUGCCCACACGCCGCUCCCCACCGCUGUUGUCGGGCAGCCCCCCGAGCAAUGAGUCUGAGUCUGGUCCCAGCAGGGAGCAGGUGUUUGCACACCCCCCCCCCGGCCCGUGCCCUCACACCAUGGACUCUGGCCCCCUUGCUGAUAGGCUGUGGGCUCCCCACCCUCUAAGGGACUGAAGCCUCCCUCGCUCUGGGAGACACUGGCAGGUGGGCUCCCCCGGACACACAGAUGGGCACUACCUGCAAGGUCUGAAACGCCCCUUCCCCCAGGAACAUAAGGCAGCUCCGCCAGCCCCUGCUCCCUGCUUGGAGUGGGCGACAGUGGCCCUGUGCCAGCGUGCCGGAGACUCGGCCGUCAGAGGGGCAGCUCCCAGCUGCAGCCGUGGGGCAGAGGUGGUGGGAGACCAUGCUGGUUGUUAGCCCCUCCCGUCCGAGAGACUCUGGGCACAUUCACAAACACUCCCAUGUUAACCCCGCCCAUGCCCAGGGCGUGGGCAUCACCCCUUUAUGACAGCUGGGGAAACAGAGGCCCGGGGAGGGGACGGCCCAGAUCCUUAAAGGUAUUUAGUCACUGAAUGCCCAUUGAGUUCAAUGGGAGUUAGUCUCCUUCAUAUCCUUGCUGAUCGGUGCUGAAGUGGCUUGCCCAAAUGAGGAAAAGAACCCAGGAGUCCUGACCCCCAGACAUCUGCCCUACCCAUUGUAGCACGCUCUCUCCUAAGGAGCCUGGCUCACUGAGGGGCUGCCCGACACCCCAGAGAACCUAAUAACGCAGCAUCUGGAAGGGGAAAGGCAACUAGGAGGGGGUGGUUAGCAGCGCUGGGCAAUUGCUAGUCCCUGGGCCUUCCCCAACCUGUGGCAGGAGCGGGUGACUCCGAUUGCACUUCACCAGAAGGGGCUAUGCAGGCAUGUGGCCGCGUGGUGUGCGUACAUGUGUGCUUGUGUUGCCCACAUACAGGUGGGUGUGUGUGCACACGCAUGUGAGAGGUGGGCAUGUGCAUAGGCACAUGGAUGUGAGGGGAGAUGUGUAUGUGCCGGGAGGUGAGGUGUGGGUGUCCAUGUCCAUGCACAAAUGUGGGGGGGGGGUGCGCGUGUGUGUGUUGCACAGGUCUGAGGGGAGAUGUGUGCAUGCACACUGCUGUGAGGGAUGUGUGUGUGUGUGUAUGAGGGGGAGGAGGUGUGACCACACAUGAUGUGAGGGGAGGGAUGUGUGUGUUCACACAGAUGUGAUGGGAGGGGUGUGUGUAGUCAGUGAUGUGAGGGGAGGGGUGUGUGCAUGCACACGGCUGUGAGGGGAAGGGGGUGUGUACACACACAGUUGUGAUGGGAGGAGUGUGUGUACUCACCGAUGUGAGGGGAGGGAUGUGUGUAUUCACACAGAUGUGAUGGGAGGGGUGUGUGUACUCAUCAAUGUGAGGGGAGGGAUGUGUGUAUUCACACAGAUGUGAUGGGAGGGGUGUGUGUACUCACCGAUGUGAGGGGAGGGAUGUGUGUAUUCACACAGAUGUGAUGGGAGGGGUGUGUGUACUCACUGAUGUGAGGGGAGGGAUGUGUGUAUUCACACACGGAUGUGCUGGGCAGAGUGUGUAGUGGGGCAGCAGGCUGGGAGUGGGGAGGAGUGUCCCAUGGACCCUGUCUUGGUCCCCAGGAGCCAACCCCGGGGCCGCGUGGCCUCGCACUGUGCUUGGGGACCGUGAGCCACCGGCCUGGCCCUGUGGCUGCUGAGAGCCGCUCUCUGUUGUCCUGUGUCCCAGCUGCCUGUGGCCGUCCUGCCAGGCCUUGAAUAAAACAAGUCUUGUUACUGCA